AUGCUCAGCUUCGAAUCGCUUCCCGUUGAACUCAUUGCCGAGAUACUAGGCGAGCUCGACCUUCAAUACCUCAUAAUAAUGUCACAUCUAUCAAAGAGGUUUUACCUUGUUGCUUCAGAUUCCUCUUUGAAUCCAUGGAGGAGGCCAAUACUUACUAAUUUACGAUCAAAUACUUACGAGCAAGCCCUCAAGCAUCUGAGUGUUCGUUUAACUGUUCCUCGGCAGAAUUGGAUUGAGGUGCUCAGCCUUGCCCGACCUUCCUUCAUCUUGUUUGAAGCGACCUUGCCUAAUCUGACGUCAAGUGAAUGGGAGGAGUGCUUUAGCAGGCGUUUUCUUCCGGGGUGGAGGAGAUGGAAGAAAGACAGUUCAUGGAAAGAGGCGUUUCUCAAGUUCGUCCGCCAUUUCUCAUCGCUGUCUGCUCUUCUCAUUCUCUGCCUCAGACUGUUACAUAGAGUGUGGCAUCGCAGUGUCUCCUCCUGUACUACUGAUGAAUCUUGGACCAAGUAUAUCGUGCUUAAUCGCAAUGGCUCUGCCAAUGAACUUGAGGUGUCAUCUCGAAACUUCAAUCCUGUUACGCUUUUCAACGAAAUGAAGUUGCAAAGUAACUUGGCCCACCUCGAGACACGUAUCAGGCUCGUCGUUGAACUUGCGGAUGUGAGAAUCCUUGCCUUUGGUACCUUGGGUAGACCUCGAAGUACUCUUACGGUUAACCCCAAUGCCCAUAUCCUUUUGCACCCUCCGGGCAUCGAAUCGGGCGGUGGUGGGCCUGCUCCAAAAAUCGACCGUCGUAUUGAAGAUCAUGGAGUCUACCCUAUUGGGGCAACAUCCACAACAUCUCAAUUGUCACAUGAGUAUCUGACAGCACCUUCGACAUAUACGCGUAUGAUGCACCCGCUCCCUGCGCUAACGCACUCAAAGUACCCUUUUUAUACGCCCGGUGGAGGUGACAGGCGUUGGAAGAACUUGGGAGAAGCGGACAGUGAAGGUCUUGAAUGGGUGGGCGGCUUAAUGGUUAUUGCCCAGAUUAUUGGAGCUUCAUCUCACACGGAUAGUACAGCGCCCGUCCGUCAGCAGUAUGCUUCCUUUUCCUGGUGCGAUCUCUGGGCGAUUGCGCCUUGGUUAGAGGAGAGGAUCACAAAAAGAAUAGAUGGAGCUGGAUUGGGUCACUGA